AGAUGGCCGAUCAAAGACCACAACACUAAUGGUGCAGAGAGUUGGAGAAUUAGAGAUUUAGAGAUGGGGGCCCCCAUCUCCCAGCACAUGAUUCUGUCCUUUCACAUGCUACUGUACUUGCAAAUGAGUAUCAAUUGCAACCACAAAGCCUUCACACGUGACAGAAAGAUAUGUCCUUUGACAUAUCUUUGGCUGACACUGGUCCUGCCGAUGCCUUCCACAGCCAGCUGCGACCAUCGUGUACGAGACUCGCCGGCUCUGAACCAUUCAGCCCUCUUUGAUCGAAUGCUUUGUGAAAGCCAGCCAUAGUCUCUGCAAUUCAUGACGUCGCUUCAUACCCUUCUGCCUUCAGCAGACUGAUGGCCUUGUCAUUGAACAUCUCCAGCAUGAUAUCCACCGACUGGAUCAGCGGUCCCGUCGACCUCCAUUUAAGUCAUGAAUGAAGGAUUCUUCUUGGCAAUAUCACUGUGAGAUUUAUGCCAUAUCUUUACUUCCCUUGAUGAAGAUUGCGACUUCCCUGAUCAAAUCGAAUGCCUGACAUUCUUGAACAGGUGAUUGAUGCACUCCGUCAAGAAAAGCAACUUCUUAGAAAUGGGAGAAAUGUCUGGAUUGGAUAACUAUUCGUCGAAUCUAAAGCGGACCUUGUUUUCUCUCAAGUCAUUCAGUCGAUCUGAUAUUUGUUGCUUAAUUUCCCAUGGAGUGAAUGAUUUC